UGAUUUCAUAAAUUUCAGGGUGAUUGGAACAGUGUAAUUUAAUUUCCAAAGCUAACGUAAUAUUCAAUUUAUUCAAUUGAUAACCCAAACGUCUUACGAUGACUUCAUGUCAAGAUCAGAGUAUAUAGCGAAAUCAUUGACAAAAAGAAAGAAGAGAAUAUCUACUGAAAAUGCACCAAACAGACAAUCAGUAAUGAAUGCUCAUAAGUCAUACAUACACUGAGUUUCAUUUUGUAUGUACUAUGAAAGCUUUAUCCGUAGUAUAUAGUUUAUCCAUGCAAAUGGUAUGGGGUUGGACUAUUUAGGGCCGAUCAUACUUUUGACAUGUCUGAACAACGUUUUUGGUGUAACUGUACCAUGCAAUGAAACCUAUCUUGCUAAAAAUGGUCACCGGUGUUACCCAUGCAGUGCGGGAUAUUACAAAGUUUCGGAUUGUGUCAUAGACGGGGAACAGUCAAGAUGUAGACCUUGUGGGUACGGGGAAUAUCUGCCCACGUGUGAUGAUUCGACACAGUGUAAGGUGUGUGAUCUGUUUUGUCAUGGAGGACAAGUUGAAAUUAAACCAUGCACAUCAACCAAUAACUUAAAAUGCCAGUGCAAGGAUGGUGACUAUUAUAAAAAAGACCCACAUCGAUUUUGUACUAGACAUAGAAAAUGCAUCCCCGGAGAAGGAUUAAAGACAAAAGGUACACCAGAUGAGGACACCAAAUGCGAACCAUGCAAACAUGGAUUGACGUACUCAGAAUCAACCUCAUUAGACGCUUGCAAGCCAUGUUCAUUGUGUAAGCUAACACUGAGCAAUUGUAGCGUUACCCAAGAUGCCAUUUGUGACAACAUACCAGAAGUCCCGCCAGACACUAAGUUCAUUCCUAAAGAUGUUGAUGGUAAACCCUGGGUUGUAGUGAUCGUAGUAAUUUCAUUUUCAAGUUCGGUAGUGGUAACAGGUGGUGUUGUCGUCCUACUGUGUGUUAGACGCAGACGGAAUAAAAGAUUGUACUCUGAUCUAGUAAGAGUGCGAAUGUCAAGUCGCACGGUUGAUGGACAUGUUGACAGUCGAAUUCAUGGCCAAUCAGCUGCCGAAAACUUAGCAUUUACUGUGGACGACACGCGUAAUCCUAAUGUGUCAGGUCCACGAACAAACAAUAUCAAAAGUCAAUCAGAUUUAAGAAGAAGCAUAUCUGAUCCUACUUUAGUUAAUUAUUCAGGUAGUUAUUCUUCCUCGAUCGGAGCAUGUUCAAGUAUAGAAACGCGUGAGGAAGGAAUUCAUAUAGCUUCCACAGAAUUUGAGAGCCAAAAAUCUUUAAAAACAAAUGACAAUGAAGAUAUGACGGUAGAACAUAUUGAUGCAGAUGACAUGGCAGACAUCAAUGGUGAGACAACAAGGGAUAUUAGCAAAGUUACCGAUUCGUCGAUUCAGCGAGAUGAAACAAGAUCAAUUCACGGCCAAACUAAUUCAGACACAAAUGAUAUGGAAGAAAAGUCAUCAGAAAAGUUUGAGCAGGAACAUGCAUCUGAUAAGCCAGACUUGACUGAACAAGUAUUUCAAAGCAUUGUUGGUUGUAUAUCGAGAAAAGAAAAUCAAGCGGCGAAUGGAACAAGUUACGUGAAAAACAAUGAUGUGAAUUUUAACCAAGCUACAUCUGAUGUAAGCUUAGACGUUGGUGAUGUUGCUCCAAGACAUGUUCAACUUGUGCCUCCAUCAUUAGAAAGCUGUGGGCAAGACGAAACUGAAACAAAAAGAACUGCGGAUACAAAUACGACGGAAACUGGGUGUUCCUUCUCAUUUGAGACUGUUACUUCAUUUGUAUCAGACGAUAAUAGACAAUCUGAUAAUGGAACGCGGAUAGAUACAUUUUGGUUUGAAGUAUGCACUUUUCUGUCGCUGCAAUUCGAAUGGAAUAAGUUUAAGAAGGUCUACAGGCGGCUUAUAGCGGAGACGGGCGGACACAGAAUAUCCACCAUUAUAGACAAUACUUUCCAAGAAAACCACGCCCGACAAGAGACAAUGUACCAUCUUAUGCUUGACUGGAGAAAAGUGAAUCCCGGUGGCACAACGCAAAAUAUUGUUGACGCUCUUUCAAAAAAUGGAGAGAAACUUACGUGUGAAAAUUUCACGUCGUUUAUUAAAGAUCUUUAG